AGCACACUAGCUUUGAUAUGGUGUAAUCUGUAAGAGGUUUACAGACGGCGCACAUUCAUCAUGGCGAGCGUUGCAUCAGCCACGAGCGCACCAUCAUCAUCUCAUUCUCACAAGGAGCUUGAGAAUAAUGGUGUGGCUGACAAUGCCUCUAGCUUUAAGGCCGCAGACACAGUGAUACAGUUAGCAAAGACCCAUAAGCCAAAACCUGACCUAAAUGGCCUGAUGUUUGGGACGGUUUUCACUGACCACAUGCUGACCAUCGAGUGGAGUCUUGAGGAAGGCUGGCAAAAGCCGCAUAUCCAGCCUUUUGGGAAUCUGUCCAUACAUCCAGGCUGUUCUGCCCUGCAUUACGCUGUACAGCUUUUUGAGGGUAUGAAGGCGUACCGGGGUCCAGAUAACAAAGUGCGUCUCUUCAGACCCAUGAUGAACAUGAAUCGGAUGCAGAAGUCCGCCCACAGGGCCUGUCUGCCUAGUUUUGAUGGUGCAGAGUUGUUGGAGUGCAUCAGGAAGUUGGUGGAGGUGGAUCAGGACUGGGUUCCCCACUCAGACUCUGCCAGUUUGUACAUCCGUCCCACCUUCCUGGGCACAGAGCCCACCCUUGGUGUGAAGAAGCCCUCCAGUGCAUUGCUGUUCGUCAUCCUCAGUCCUGUGGGAUCGUACUUCAGCACAGGAGCUAAACCAGUGUCUCUGUGGGCCGACUCUAAAUACAUACGAGCUUGGAGAGGAGGGACGGGAGACUGCAAGAUGGGAGGAAACUAUGGAGCGUCUAUCUAUGCCCAGUAUGAGGCCGUGGAUUACGGCUGUCAGCAGGUUCUGUGGCUGUAUGGAGACAACCAUCAGAUCACAGAGGUCGGCACCAUGAACCUUUUCCUCUACUGGAUCAAUGAGAAAGGAGAGGAGGAGCUCACAACACCACCUUUAGAUGGCAUAAUUCUGCCGGGAGUUACACGGCAAAGCAUCCUAGAACUUGCUCGCAAAUGGGGUGAGUUUAAAGUGUCCGAGCGCUAUUUGACCAUGGCCGACCUUCAGCAGGCUCUGGAGGAAAACCGAGUGAGGGAGAUGUUUGGUUCUGGAACAGCUUGUGUCGUUAGCCCAGUUGGCAGGAUCUUAUAUCAGGGAGAGAAUCUACAUAUUCCAUGUGAGGGAAGCUUUCCUCCACUUGCCUCCAGACUGUUAAAGGAGCUCACAGAUAUUCAGUAUGGACGGACCCCCAGUGACUGGUCUUGCAUCAUAUAAAGGAAACUCUCCGUUCACAAGCUAUUCAACACAUUUUAAAACAUGCACCCAAAAAAGCUUUAUUCGUGGAGACAUUGAAUAAUUACCUGCCACAUUGAUGUAUGUUUUGUUUUGUCAAAGUUUACCAGCUAACUAAAACCUAGACUAGCAAUAACGUGUUGCUCUUUAACAGACUAAACCACUCAGAUGCCUCUAUGGUCACAUUUUCUCACAUACGGUUUAUUCUAAUAAUCAUUAACCAGCAAAUCACAGUUUGUGACCAGCUGUUACAUUAACACUAGUUGAGGUAUAUAAGAUAUUUCCUAGCUGUAUAGUUUAUUGAUGCUGUUGAUAAUAUGAUUAUAUGCAAUUUCUGUCAUAUUGCACAAGCUCUUUAAACUUCUGAAAUAUAUUUACAGAUAUUUUAAGGUAGUAUGUUUUUGUGGUAGAGCUUUAUUUUUAAAGAAAUUUCAAUGUUUAAUGUACACCAUUUUAAAGAAAUGUUUAUGAUGUAAUGUUUAGGUGAAAAUAGUGAUUAUUAUCCAAGUGCACAAACUUAAGAGUUGUAUUAUAUGUGAUGGAGAUCAUUUUUGCACUCAAAAAAGGGAACCUUUACAUUUCUUUGUAUAUGUUUUAUGAUCAAAUAAGAAUAGAAAUAAGAGCACAAAAGCACAAAUAAAAUAAAUUAUAGACAUUAAGAGAUGUGUAAUACUAUAGAUAUUGUUAUUUUCCAGAGUAUUUUGGUGAAGUAUUGAGUAUUUUGUGAUGUGAUACCCUGAAUAAAUAUAUACAUAUUUA